GGUACCGUAGUUUCUCAUUUCCUUUGCACCCAUUGAUCGGACAGCACCGACAACCAUGACGAAGACCGACCAGGAUUCAGACAUGGAUGAGCUCUUUGAGGAGGACAUCGAUGACGAUGAAAUUUUGGCCAACCUCUCUCCAGAAGAACUGAAGGAGCUCCAGAAAGAGAUGGAGGUGUUGGCGCCGGAUCCACGUUUACCGGUGGGAAUGAUACAGAAGGACCAGACGAACAAAGCACCUACAGGACACUUUGACCACCGGUCCCUCAUUGAUUACCUGCAUUGGGAGAAGGAGUCAACGCGGAUGCUAGAGGAGGAGAGAGUUCCCGUAACUCUGCUGCCCUCUGAGUGUAGAGCGGGGGGGAGGGCGGAGUCAUCUCCUGCCUGUGUUCGGCUGGAGAAGAAGCAGCGGUGUCUGAUCUCCACUGCUGGCCAGGACUGCCGACAGAGAAAAAUUGCCAGAGAGGAAAAGUUGAGACCAGAAACGCUGGUCAGAGGGGAGGAAAGACAACAAAUAGAAGAAAGUAAAAAUGUAAUAGAGGAAGUAUGCAACAAGGAAAACCAUAAUGAUGACACAAAAGAUGAGCAAGAGAAGGUUCAAACAAAACAGAUCUCAGAAGCGGAGCCAAAAAAUGACAGUGCCGAAACAGUGCCAGAUAGCAUGGGUCAACAACCAACCCAAAAGAAGGAUGAAGGAAGUGGGAAUUCUGAGAAGACGUCUAUGGUAGAACAGGAAAACGGUAGCACUUUGAUUGCUAACAUUGAUCUGGUGGAAAAUACGGAAGACAAAAAGCCAGCAGAGAAGAUUUCCAAAUUGAACAUCCCCAAGAAAUUAGCUAUAGACUCCAGUUUCAUUAAGAUGAGCUCUAGGCCUUCUGGUAACCAAACCGACUUGGACAGAACAUUGCAGAGCAUCAGGAAAAACGAUCCGAACAUCAAAGAGGUAAACUUGAACAACAUUGAGAAUAUUCCAAAGGAAAUGCUUCUUGACUUUGUAAAUGCUCUAAAAAAAAGCAAGCACGUAAAGACCUUUAGUAUGACUAACGUGGGAGCUGAUGAGAACAUUGCAUUUACCUUGGCCAACAUGUUACGUGAAAACAGAAGCAUCACCACCUUGAACAUUGAGUCUAAUUUCAUCACAGGUAAAGGUAUUGUGGCCAUCAUGAGGUGUCUUCAGUUUAACGAAUACCUGACCGAAUUAAGGUUCCACAAUCAGAGACAUAUGUUGGGCCACCAUGCGGAAAUGGAAAUUGGAAGGCUUCUAAAGGCCAAUAACACUUUGCUGAAGAUGGGGUACCAUUUUGAGCUGCCUGGUCCUCGAAUGGUGGUCACCAAUCUGCUGACCAGAAACCAAGACAAGCAAAGGCAGAAAAGGAAAGAAGAACAGAAACAGCAACAAGUGCAAGAUGAGGAGGAAAUCUUUUCUAUGCUGGAGAAUGGCCUGGAGUUGGGUAUUCCUCCAGAGCUAUGGGCAAUGAUUAAUCAAGCACCUAACUCAACACCUAACUCAAGGAUGCCAACAAUUCCUGAAGAGCCUAAGAUUCCAAUCCCACCGCUCCGAAAAAUUAAACAAAACAAGCCACCACUUAGCUCAGAAAACAUGGCCAAUGCUGAACCCCCACCUUUCAAGGAGGUAAAACUAAAAAAAUUCCAGCCAAAGUCUGUUGCCCAAAAGUUAAGAGAAGAGGCAGAUAAAACCAGCCUGCGAGAUAUGAUACAACUGAAGAGAGCAGCACCCAAGUCAAGCACGUCUCAAAAUUCAGAGCUGUCCGAGAAAACCAAUCUCAGGGAUGUAAUAAAAACUCUCAAGCCAGUGCCAAGAAACCGGCCACCACCUCUUGUCAACCUCACGCCAAGAGAUGAACUUUUGAAAGAUAUUCGCCAGAGCAGCGUGGCUUAUCUUAAAGCGGUACCACUACCCAAAGAGCUAGAAACAGGCUUAGAAGAAUUGUUGUGA